AUGAAGCCCGUCAUUCUGUACACUGCUGGUACACCAAACGGCCAAAAAGUUUCGAACUUCACCGAAGAACUCAAGCGCGCCUACCCUUCGUUCGAGGUCGAGUACCAGGCGAUCAGCCUGGGCAAGAACGAGCAGAAGGAAGACUGGUUCCUCGCCAUCAACCCCAACGGCCGAAUUCCGGCUUUGAAGGACCCCAACCGCGGCGACUUUUGCGUAUUCGAGACCGCCGCCAUCAUCCUCUACCUCGAGAAGCAUUAUGAUUCCGACCACAUCUUCAGCUGGUCUGACGAUGGCGAUGGUGUCGACAAACGCUCUGAGGCGAUCCAGUGGCUUUUCUUCGUACACGGGGGCAUUGGCCCGAUGCAGGGCCAAGCUAACCACUUCGUUCGCUAUGCUCCCGAGGAUAUCCCCUAUGGAAAGAACCGCUACGUGACCGAAACCAAAAGGCUCUAUCAGGUGCUGGACCGCAGGCUGAAGGAUCACGACUGGCUGGUGGGCGACAAGUACUCGAUCGCCGAUAUCAACGCGUACCCGUGGCUGCAGUACUACAAGUGGGCUGGUCUCAAGGACGAAGAUGUGCCGCAGAGCGUGCGGGACUACAUCGACCGGAACUGGGCGCGCGAGGCGGUGCGCGAAGGCAUGAAGGUGCCCAACGGCAACACGGACUGGGUCGAGAAGAUGCGCAGCCCCGACUUUUUCGAGGUGCACGCCAAGGAGGCCGAGGAGAAGGCCGCACAGGCCUCCAAGUGGAUCCAGGACGGAAUGAAGAAGGACCGCGAAUCCAAGGCCUAG